AUGCAGGUCACAUCCAUCACUACCUCUACCUCUACCACCACAGCCCCUGCGGGCCAAUGGUCUGAGAUCAGAACUCCAAUCCAUCAAGCCCUUGUUCCGGGGGAUAUGAUCAAUUGUAGUCAAGUUUCAAAAGCACAGAGCACCAAGUUUACUCCUAGGAUAUGGAGUACAGUCAACCUCACAAGUCAGCGUCUAAUUACAGAUCUACUGCCACAUAUCAUCGCCAAGAAUAGACAACACGAUUCGCCGGGGCUUCUGGAAACGUCAAGGGGCUUGAUACCAAGGAACUCAUCAUGGCAACGACCCGCAAGUGGUCUCAAGGGACAGGCUGCAAGCAAAAAUGAAGCUAAAGGGAUCAAAGGCUCAGGAGCACCCAUGGCAGACGAAGACGAUGGAAAGGAUAAAAUGGAUAGCAUUCCAGGAAACGAAUUUAACAGCAUUAUUGCUUUUGAAAGCGAAGCUGGGCCACCUAACCCUUUUGUGGGCAGCGUAGCGAAACAUUUGUUGAAUUUUGAAAAUGAUCCUCUCCGAUAUCCCUCUUCCUCACAAUCCCUAUUGAAGUGUACCACCCACUGCUCACAGUAUGUGGGGCCUGUUUGA